AGGCAGGACACUGUCACUGCGGCUGGGCAAUUCAGCUCUGUAAAACAGAGAUCAAGGCAAAGAGGAGGAAGGGGCGGACCACGUCCAUUUUCGGUAUUGGCUUUUUUUUUCAACCGCCCGAAUGAAAAAACUGUUUUUGGACGAGAAUUUUCAUCAGUCUAAAUUUAGAUGCACCUCUAAAAUUACCAAUUGAUCCUGCCAGUAAAAGUCACUUCCUCUUUUAAGGUGACAGUACGGUAUGUAGACUUUUUACACUUUAGAAAGCGUUGUCACGUUUGCAGCAUGAUGAUGCAGCCUUUAUCUUUAGUUAUAAUAUUGCUAUCCUGAAGGAAGAGGCUGGUCCCACCCCCCACCUUAUGUCAUGCCUAGCCCCGCCCUCCUACUGAUGUAGGUCUCCACCCACAGCCCUUCCCAGUGAGAUCAGAAAGAAGAUUGUGACAGCUAAGUGACCCCACUAAAUAAAAAGAAAUGGUAAAUGUGUAGAUACGUCUCAUAUUUGCUGCUAUUUCUUAUUGAAAGAUUUCAAAUGUCUCUCUUUAUAGGACUAAAGAUAAUCUGUCAAAAUGUCGUACAUGUUACCUCAUUUGCAUAAUGGCUGGCAGGUUGACCAGGCCAUCCUUUCCGAGGAAGAUCGUGUGUUAGUAAUUCGCUUUGGGCAUGACUGGGAUCCAACAUGUAUGAAAAUGGAUGAAGUUUUAUAUAGCAUAGCUGAGAAGGUAAAAAACUUUGCUGUUAAUUAUCUUGUGGAUAUAACGGAAGUACCUGAUUUUAACAAGAUGUACGAGUUGUAUGAUCCAUGUACAGUCAUGUUCUUCUUCAGGAACAAGCACAUCAUGAUUGACUUGGGGACAGGUAAUAACAACAAGAUAAACUGGGUAAUGGAAGACAAGCAGGAGAUGAUUGACAUUGUGGAAACUGUUUAUCGUGGUGCAAGGAAAGGUAGAGGUCUGGUGGUGUCUCCGAAGGACUACUCCACAAAGUACAGAUAUUGAAGGACCCGUUUGUUAAUGAGACCUCUGAAUAUUUAUUUUUUGGACUAUAACGCCGCUUAGGACAUUCUGUGUUAUGAGAUCAGAAGAUGUAAACCGUUUUACAGUUUAUGCAUUUUGACAACAGAAACAUCAUAAACUUUACUAUACAUAAUCUGGAAAUCUGAGAGGCUGAAGACUUGUAAUGUGUUUAAUAAAUAUGACAUUCUAA